GGGGUCCCCAAAACCCAGGGGGUCCCCCAAACACAGGGGGGGCCCCCAAAAAGCCCCGGGGGUCCCCAAAAAGCCCCGGGGGUCCCCCAAACCCGGGGGGGUCCCCCAAACCCAGGGGGUUCCCCAAAAAAGCCCCGAGGGGUCCCCAAAAAGCCCCGGGGGAGUCCCCAAACCCAGGGGGCUCCCCAAACACAGGGGGAUCCCCAAAAAGCCUCGAGGGGUCCCAAAAAGCCCCGGGGGUCCCCCAAAAAAGCCCCGAGUGCUCCCCAAAAAGCCCCAAGGAUCCCCAAAAAGCCCCGGGGGUCCCCCAAAGAAGUCCAGGGGGUCCUCAAACCCAGGGGGUUCCCCAAAAAGCCCCGGAGGGUCCCCAAAAAGCCCCAGGGGGACCCCAAAAAGCCCCGGGGGGUCCCCAAAAAGCCCCAGAGGGACCCCAAAAAGCCCCAGAGGGUCCCCAAAAAACCCCAGAGACCCCAAAAAGCCCCGGGGGAUCCCCAAAAACCCCGGAGGGUCCCCAAAAAGCCCCAGAGGGUCCCCAAAAAGCCCCAGAGACCCCAAAAAGCCCUGGAGGGUCCCCAAAAAGCCCCAAGGAUCUCCAAAAAGCCCCAGGGGAUCCCCAAAAAGCCCCGGGGGAUCCCCAAAAGCCCCGGAGG